CGGGGCAAGUCACUGAGCACCGGGGCAGCCUCCUUCUAUGACUCCGUCUGGCUUUGGCUGGCUGUGGGGACAAGCUCUGCGGGACUGCCUGGGUCUCCGUGCGGUGACAGCAGCCAGCCCAUCGGCCACCAUGGUGAAUGCCGGAAACUGAGGAGACGGGCUCUUCUGUGGCCUCACUGGGUGCACUCAGGUCAGGAUGGAGAACAAAGCCAUGUACCUGCACACUGUGAGCGACCGUGACACCGGCUCCAUCUUUGAGGAGCCCUUUGACGGCAGGAGCCUGUCCAAGUUGAACCUGUGUGAGGACGGUCCAUGCCACAAGCGACGGACAGGUGGCUGCUGCACUCAGCUGGGCUCCCUGUCAGCCCUGAAGCAUGCUGUCCUUGGGCUGUACCUGCUGGUCUUCCUGAUUCUCGUGGGCAUCUUCAUCUUAGCAGUGUCCAGGCCACGGAGCUCCCCCGACGACCUGAAGGUGCUGACCCGGAACGUGAACCGGCUGAACGAGAGCUUCCGGGACUUGCAGCUGCGGCUGCUGCACGCUCCGCUGCAGGCGGACCUGACCGAGCAGGUGUGGAAGGUGCAGGACGCGCUGCAGAACCAGUCGGACUCGCUGCUGGCGCUGGCGGGCGCGGUGCAGCGGCUGGAGGGCGCGCUGUGGGGGCUGCAGGCGCAGGCGGCGCAGACCGAGCAGGCGGUGGCCCUGCUGCGGGACCGCACCGGGCAGCAGAGCGACGCGGCGCAGCUGGAGCUCUACCAGCUGCAGGUGGAGAGCAACCGCAGCCAGCUGCUGCUGCGGCGCCACGCGGGCCUGCUGGACGGGCUGGCGCACAGGGUGGGCGUCCUGGGCGAGGAGCUGGCCGACGUGGGCGGCGCGCUGCGCGGCCUCAACCGCAGCCUGUCCUACGACGUGGCCCUGCACAGCACGCGGCUGCAGGACCUGCAGGUGCUCGUCAGCAACGCCAGCGAGGACACGCGCCGCAUGCGGCUGGUGCACAUGGGCAUGGCACUGCAGCUCAAGCAGGAGCUGGCCGUGCUCAACACCGUCACCGAGGACCUGCGUCUCAAAGACUGGGAGCACUCCAUCGCGCUCAGGAACAUCUCCCUCGCCAAAGGACCUCCCGGCCCCAAAGGUGAUCAGGGGGAUGAAGGGAAAGAAGGCGAGCCUGGGAUCCCUGGAUUACCUGGACUUCGAGGUCUGCCAGGAGAGAGAGGAACCCCAGGGCUGCCAGGCCCCAAGGGCGAUGAUGGGAAGAUGGGAGCCACAGGACCAAUGGGCAUGCGCGGGUUCAAAGGUGACCGAGGCCCAAAAGGAGAGAAGGGAGACAAAGGAGACAGAGCAGGGGAUGCUGGGCACCUGUGCUCUAGUCCUGGCUCCCUAGGAAGACUGCACCUGCACCCAGGUUCUGCUGGUGACACUCAGGGACAGAUGCCACUGCAGAUUCACACACUGGCCCGAGACCACAGGUUUCCCUACUGCCGAUCUUUGGUUCCAUCCCAGUCACGCAGGACCAGGAAGGACACCUCUCUCCUAAGUAGGGCCUUUCCAAGGUCCUCUGAAACUUGAACUUGCCUGCUACCUCCCCUGGCCUUCUCUUUCCCAGGGUCAUGAUUAAAAUCAAAUAGGAAAAAUGCACAUGACAGUACUUUGUCACUCGGUGGUGGUGGACACGGACGAGGACCGGGUGUGCCUAUGCUCACUCUGGGCUCACUGCGUCCACUUUACGCUAGAUGCUAUAACCCACAAAACAGUUUCUGUGGUUCAGUCUUCCUAGCAUUGUCUACAGUCCCUUUCUGGGGCAGCCAAGGGUUUAACUGGGAGUGUCCUGGCUCAAUGAGGAGACCUGGUGGACUUUGCUAGGAGCCAAGAGGAGAGUUUUGAAGACAAAAUAAAGGAGUCUGGAUAUGAUCUAGGACAUCUGUGACAGAUCUGAGUCACACUUAUCUAACGGACUGGGCUCCGUACUUUGUCUUUGGGGUGCUCUCUGCUCUGUUUGUUGACUGCUUUCUGAUGGAAUGCUGCCAAAGUAGCUGAGAAGGACUGCGGCCUUUAGCUCUGUGAACUAAAUAAUUCCUGCUGUGGUGGCAGGAAGGGGGGGACUGCGGAGAGAUGACGUGUGAGAGGGGGAUCAGAAACGCUGCCCACAUACCGGGGGUUCUUGUCAGGAACUCUUUGGCGACUAUUCCUCAGCCGAUUUGACAGGAGAGAGGAGGUCCGUGCUAGCCUGGGAAGAGGUGGUGGUGGCCAGUCCAUUAAUCCAAAGGAUGCUUUCAUCACUGUUUACCUUGGUUCUGUGGGCCCAGCUGGCUGGCCUCUGCAACUGGACCGGGCUGUGAGGUGCUGAGCCACAGUGGUGUGGGGCUCCCCCAGGCAUGGGUGGGGAGCAUGGGGGAAGGGCAUCUAAUCCACUUGGCCCUGGAGUCUAUGGGCUGCACCACAAGAGGCUGAUGUCAGCCCGGAAGAGCCCCUCCUCAGGGACAAACAGCUUUCUUUCUUUCCUGCCCUGAAGAGGCCACACCCUCACUGGAGCCCAGAGCUCAGACAAUGGCCUUGACACAGAGCCCUAAGCUUUUCAUUGCCGUCUCCCAACCCCAAAAAAUAUCUUCGUGGGUGAUGGACCUGGAAAGUGAGCUGGCUCAGCAGAGACAGCCCCACAGAUAGGAGGCUUUACACAGCGUGCAGGGGAGCAUAGGAGACACGCGGGAAUUGUAGAGCGUAACUGGAAGGCCAUCCAUCCGUCACCUGUUCCAGAGGCUUUCAGGGGCAGGACGACUCUCCCAAGGCAGGAGCAGAAGCAAAGUGGAAACCCAGGCCUCUGACUUCUCUUAACUCUGGAAUGAGAUCUUCGGCCCUUGGUCUUUAAGAGUCCGGUUGGGCUCCUUAAAACCUAGUGAGUCCCUCACCUGCAGAUACGGAUUUAAGGGAACCUUUGAAGCAAUUCAGAGCUGCCCCAUGCGGUGGCAGGGGAGUGCUUUCCCACGGCCGGCACCCCUGGCCUGUCUCUGACUACGCCAAACCCACGCUAUAUUCAGACUCCUGGUUUGGUUUCUAAGGAGCUCCAGUCCAACAGGCGUUAACUGGAUCCCUGAGACCACAGCUUUGAGGAGGAAGCCAAGGAUCAUCUUUCAGGAGAGUGUGGAAAUUCUGAUGAGCACGGAGUGCCCGCUUCUGGGAGGUUCUCAGUCAUUCCCCAAGCCCAGGGCAGCCCCUCCGUGAGAUCUAACGGGUGGGGAAAAGGACUCAGCACUAGAGUUCUGCCCUUCUCCACAAAGGAACACCGUGGAGAAGGAACCCUCUUGGGAUACCCAGCUCAGGGCACCUUUACCAAACACCACCCACCCUUAGCAGAAAACCUGAAGUUCCAGCAGGUGGGGUAUUACUACAUAAAGGGAUCGAGAAGAGCAACAAGUUACCUACCCCUCAGGUCAGAAUCAGAAAUUGGGGGCUUUCCUUUGAAGAGGGCAUUACAGAGAAGAUUUCUUGGGACCCAUGUUUUGAAUCAAUAUUAAAAUAUUUUUCAGGGGAGGGGCGCCUGGGUGGCUCAGUCGGUUGAGCGUCCACUUUGGCUCAGGGCAUGAUCUCUCAAUUUGUGAGUUCGAGCCCCGCAUCGGGCUCUGUGCUAACAGCUCAGACCCUGGAGCCUGCUUCAGAUUCUGUGUCUCCCUUUCUCUCUGCUCCUCCCCUGCUCACGCUCUGUCUGUCUCUCCUACAAAAAUAAAUACACAUUCAAAAAAAAGUUUUAAAAAAUAUUUUUCAGGGGAAAAAUAAAAUAAAAAAAUAAAAGUUACCAAAAAAAGGGUGACUGGGUGGCUCAGUCAGUUAAGCAUCUGACUCUUGAUUUCGACUCAGGUCAUGAUCUCAAUGGUUCAUGAGUUCAAGCCCCGCAUCGGGCUCUGUGGUGAUGGUAUGGACCCUACUUGGGAUUCUCUUUCUCCCCCUCUCACUUUGCCUCUCCCCAGCUCACAUGUAGGCUCUCUAAAUAAAUAAAUAAAUAAAUAAAUAAAUAAAUAAAUAAAUAACUUAAAAAAAUUUUUUUUAAUGUUAAAAAAAUAUUUUUCUGGGGGCUCCUGGGUGGCUCAGUCAGUUGAGUGCCCGCCUCUUGAUUUCAGCUCAGGUCGUGAUCUCACAGUUCAUGAAAUUAAGUCCUGUGUCAGGCUCUGCACUGACUGAGGGUGCAGAUCCUGCUUGGGGUUCUCUGUUUCCCUCUCUUUUUCUCUCUACCCCCCCACCGCUUACAUUUUCUCUUUCAAAAUAAAUAGACAUUUAAAAGUAAAUAAAUAAAUAAAAAUAUUUUUCAGGAUAGGAUCUUGCAAUUGUUUACCCAUGUUUUGAUCUGGAGUCACAUGAUUCUAGAGUCAAACGGGGUUUCAGGCUGACUCCUCUCCCCCUCCUGAGCACCCCCCCCCCACCUCCAGUUCACUGAACUGGGACCAAGAAUAGAGGUCUGGAGAGAAUCCCCACCGUCUCACGGCUAGGCCAUGGUUCAAACUGAGUCUGGAAUCCAGAUCUCCUGAUUUCUGCUUGACAAGAGGUAAAGUUUUGUUUUCUUUUCUUUUGUUUUGAGGCAAGGGAGGUAUCAGUCAUUCUGUUAGAUGUUUGGCUUUGGGGAGUUUGGCCAGGAAAAAAAUAAGCUCUAUAUACAUAUCUCAAGACAGAAAAAUGUUUGUUUUACCCUCAUAUAUGGUCCAUUUGCAGGAAAAAUAAAUAGUAUUUUUGCAGUUCAGGGGUGGGUAAAGUUUCCAGCAUGAAUUUAAAGCAGGAUAGAAGUUCAGAUUGUUUAAAAACUUUUCCUCAAUUUGGUUUCACGUGGGAAAAAUAUGCAGAAUGACCCAGGGGUAGAUUCUAAGCCAGGUUUUGUUGGUAGUUUCUAGUGGCAUCUCAUAAAAUUAGGAAAAAUGUUUAACACCUUGUGUGUGUUUGCAGUAUUUAGCAAAGUUUGUGGGUGCGGGGGGAGCAGUGGGCACCCCGUCGUGUAGCGUAAGCUCAAAAGAAAUUAUCAGGGAGGUGGCUUCUAGACAGUUUUGUCCACAGCUGCUGAGAUGUUUCUAUCUCUGUUUUAGAAUGCAGGGGCGCCUGAAUGGCUCAGUUAAGUGUCUGACCUUGGCUCAGGUUGUGAUCUCAUGGUUCAUGGGUUGGAGCCCUAUGUUGGGCUCUGUGCUGACAGCUCAGAGCCUGGAGCCUGCUUCGGGUUCUGUGUGUGUGUCUCUCUCUGCCCCUCCCCUGCUCACACUCUGUGUAUGUCUCUCUCUCAAACAUAAAUAAACAUUAAAAAAAAAAAAAAGAAUCCGGAAUGCAAAGAGAGGCCUUCAGUGUCCGUGAGUUCCCUUCCUCCCAUCCCCGUAAGUACAGUUACCUGCACUGGGUGCCCCAGGGAAUCCCAUUUGGCACCAAAAGUUAGCAUUCUUGCAAGCAUGGAGAGACAGAGAUGCUGGACCUUUUAUAUGCAAGUAUAUUUCUUUACUAACUGGAUAUAUUUCUUUAAUUCCUUAUACAACUCUAAUGCCCCAGCAACAACGUGAUCUAAAAGUAAACCACACUUCUCAGAAUAAUCAACUAUCACAUGCUACUGUUAACAAACUUGUAGCUGGUACUAUGAGAAGCAAAGUUUCUAUGCACAUUAUUUCACUUAAUCCUGACAGCACAAUUCAGGAGUCCUGGUUAUGUCCACGUUAGGGGGGCGGGGGAGGCUAAGGGUAGAGAAGAAGGGAGCUGCCCAAGGUCACCGGAGUUCGUAAGGGGCAGAGCCAGGUUACAGGUCACACCUGUCUGGCCUCGAGCCCACUCUCCAUCCUUUGCUACAUCCUUGGACUACCUCUUAUUCUCUCUGGCCUUUGACAGCCUAGGGCCCUCAUGGGCCACUGUCUCUUCUCAGUGGGUUUGAUACGAAAGUGCUAAUUCUCACUUUUAAGGAUUUCUUCCCCUUUUUGCUGAGUUUCACCCAGCUUUGGCUGCCUUGUACUUCUGUGGCCCCAUGAGAGGCCGAGCACAGGUUUCAUACUGGAAGUUCUGCAUCUCCCAGCGAAGUCCUACCCUCACUUGCUUCUCCGUUCUCUUGUGGGUAAACCGAGCCCGCCGGCUGGACGCAGCAGCACCCACACGCAUCUGGCUGUGUUCACUCACAUGCUGGUUCGGUUCAUGCAGUCCUUCAUUCCUUCUCUUUAUCCUCACACAGCGAGUGGGGGGCAGAUGCAAACCCCAGAGGGUAUGUGGAGAUGGCCAAGUGUCUUUCAGAUGUCUCCUCCCCUGAGUGUAUGUCCAGGGACUGAAAAUGGACGGGGCCCCAGAAUUCACUCAGAAAAGUUGUCCCGUGGCAAACGCGGCUUCCAGCCCUGGCUGACGCAGAGUGGGAGGCACCAGAGAGAAAGGAAUGGGCACAAGGACAUGGUAAAUGAGGGAUGUGGGAAGCAGAUGGAAACUGAGCAGGCACAGGGACAGCAAAGGCCCAAAGCCCGUGGGUCAGAAACCGGGGCUGGCAUGGAGUUGGCUGAGGAAAGGAGCAGAGGUGAGAGGGAUUGGCCUCCCUCACUUC